CUUUCUCUCCAAAUCAACCCGCCCCAUUCUUCUCCUCUUCUCCCCCAAAACCCUAAACCCUCUCCUCUCCCUCCCUCUCGUCCGCGCCGGCACGAUGGCCCUCCUCGCCGCCAUCGCCAACCCCGACGCCACCCACGCCGGCGGCGCGGGCGCGCACCCCAUCGUGCUCACCCCAGGUGCCGCGCCGCCGCCGCCGACCUCCUCCGCGCUGCCCACCCCGAUCCCGCCCUCCGCCUGGUCUCUCUCCCCCGCCGACCCUGCCCUCGCCACCGCCGCUUCCUUCCUCGCCGCCUCCCUCUCCUCCUGCCCCUCCGCCCCGCGCCUCCGCACCCUCCUCGCCUCCUUCCUCACCACGCUCUCCCAGUCCCUCUCCCUCCCGCCCCCGCCGCCCGCCCUACCCGCCGCUAUCCGCGCCCUCGCCCCCUACUUCCCCGCCGCCAUUGCCUCCCUCGUCGCCUCCAGGGCGGCGCGCCUCGCGGAGCACGAUGUCCUCCUCGCCCUCGCCGACGCCCGCCUCCUCCCGCACCCACCGGCGGACCUGCUCUCGUCGCUCUCCGAGCAGGACCGCGCUGACCUCGUCUGCGCCGUCCUCCGCCAGGCCGCUGACCUCCGCUCCUCCGAGCUCCUCGCCGCGCUUCAGUGCUUCCUCUCACCGACUUCCGAGAAGGCCUACGACGCCAUGGUGGUUGUCAAGAACCGGUGGAAGGACGCCGCGGUGCUCGCGGUCAACAGGUGCCGGGAGAAGGGCACGGAGAAGAAAGUCAACGCCGCGGUGAGGCGGGCAACGCUGCUACUCAUGAUGGGGCACGACGGGUUCGCCUCCCCGGAGGUGUGCCUGCAUUACCUGCUUGCGUCGGGGAAUGUGGACUCUGUGGUGCUUGGUGCGGCUGUGGCCGAGCUCGAUGGUGGGGAGGUGGUCAGGCUGAUGAGGUACCUCAACAAGUGGAUUUUAAUGUACCAGAGGUUCCCAGAAGCGCAGGUGUGCCCGGAGGCAGCGGGUAUGCUUGGAUUGGAGCAGUGUAACAGUGUGCCAUCAUUUGGAGCUGUGGCCAGAGCGAUGGGAGUGGUGCUGGACAAUCAUUUCUCCCAUCUCGUGUUGAAUGCGGAUGUGAGGGAGGACUUGAGGGCUGCGGAGGUGAUGGUGAGGGAGCUGGCUGCGGAGGCCGAGUCUUCUGGGCCCAUCCUGGACUUGCUUUGCAGAUUGCAACAAGAUAAGGUGUAAACAGUUUCGCCAAGGAUGGGCAAGAAUGAUAGGAUAUGACCAAGGAGGCAUGGGCUUGCAAAAGUUUGUCAACCAUCCAAACGAGUUUUAAGUUUUUCGGGCUAACUAAAUUUUGGCAAGGUUUGUUUGGGCACAAACUGAAAACACUUUUGAGUCUUUUUCUCAAUAGAUAUCUGCAUGUACAUGACCUUUGCUUAUGCUUCAUGGUUUCUCACACUAUUUAAUCAGCCACAUAUCAUUUGUUUGGUCGUCAACUUGGAUCUUUGUUACAGUCUUCACUAAUUUUGUCCUGUGGUGUUUGAGAAAAAUGCUUCACACUUUUGCAUCAACCUGAAUAACCCUGUCAGGCUGUCACCUGUUCGGUUAGUAUCUUCUUAAGUAUCUUGAUCUGAUCUUAUGGUCUGAAAUGCUCAUUUCUUUGUUUUCCCCCUUCGGGUGCAACAAAUUUGCAAUUUGGCCAAGGAUUAGCGAGCAAUGCAUGGGAUAUGAGUAAUGACUGAGGAGGCAUGAUCUUGCAAAAUUUGGCAGCCAUCUAAAUCACUAAAUGAGCGCUAGGACUCACCAAAUUUCGGCAAGUUUGGUAUAGGACAAACCAAAACCAGCCUUAAUCUUUUUCUCAACAGAUUUCGGUAUGUACAUGACCUUUUUCAUUAUGCUUUAUGGUUCCUCACUCUAUAAUCUAUGGGGGAAUUCCUUAUUUUCCACUCUAUAUGUGCUUCGCCACAUAUCUUAGUCAGCAACUUGGAAUUAUGUUACAGUCUUCACCAAUUUGUUUUCAUAUUGUUGAAUUUUAGGCUCUGGUGUCAAAUCUAUUUUUUCUAUCUGUUGUAAAUUGCUUUCCUGGAAGCUUUGGACAAGUACAGAGCUGCAUAUUUGUUGUCCAUCCAUCAGCCAGUUUCCCUCUACUUUCAUGUUAGCUUAAAAUGUUGGUCUUGUGCUUAGAAAUAAAAUGUCUAUGGUAAAUGCUUAAAACUAUCACGUAAUCUUCAAUUUUUUAUCUGAAAUGCACCGAGCUGUGGGAAUAUAUGCAACGCUAAAAGUUAUUGACUUGGACAACCUUAUGUGGAUUCACAUGACAGAGAAGACAAAGAAAACACAACAUAGUCGACUGUGAGGAAGUCUUCAACUUUGGCUGUUAUGCCACAUAUCUCUUUCCUUUUCUGCUGCCUGUGGCACUAGAUAGCCUUUGUGUUGCAUUCCUGGUAACUAUGGUUAGCUAAGCUUAGAAAAUGUUAAAGGUCAUCUCUUUUUGAAAAUCGAAAGGGGGGCCACACCCUUCCAAAUUAAUCCCAAGCAUACUAAA